UAUCUUUUCGUCUGUGAAAACGGUUAAGGUCACCUCAUCUCCAGAGCGAAUGGUACAAUAUUAUUAUGGUAGGGUGAAGAGUCCCUCGUCGUCUCUCCUUUGGUCGUUUGCCGUUCAUCAACCAGCCGCGACAGUCCGUAUAGAGUCAGUGCUUCGGUGAAUGUGAAUGAGGUUUUCAUUUUUUCGUAGACCUCUGCACACUUUUUUCGUGUAGGAACAAGUCGGCUAAUUCAUCAUCAACCACUAUAUUACUAUACAAACAACAAUGUCCAGAAGAACCGAUUUGGAUUUGAGCGAUGAUCAAAGAUUCGCUUUAAUGAAGGUACUUACUAGUAACUAUUUAACAAUAUUAUUUUUCACGAUUAACGUAAUAAUUAUUUCGUAUUUCUUAUACUUAAUAAUUUGGGUUUUUUUUUUUGGUUGGUAUUAUAAACUGCCGCUAUAUAUACAGGCUAUAGGAAUAUUUGCAAAAAUAUCCAAAUAAUACAGUGUUAUAUAAUAAUUGUAACUAAACUAAUUUAAAAAAAAAAAAUCAUACACACACGAUAAAUAAAGCUAGUUAGAUAAAUAAUUAGAAAAAGAACUGUUGGUUUUUACUUUUUUACUAUACCAUAAUAUUGAAUAAAUAAUCGGUUCGACAACAAUGAUAUUAUUAUAAUUUAUGUAUUUACCAUUAUUUUAGAUUCGUGAAAAUAAAUGCUGUUAAAAAUAAAUAAUAUUACAUUGAUACAUUACUUGUACAUUUUUGGUGCACUGUCGAACAUUCGACAGACUGGUUGACGCCGUAUAAUUAUAAUAUAAUUUUCAUAAAAAUUCUUGAAAUUUAUCAAUCUUGAAGAAUAUUUUAUAAUUCCGAUGUUUGUGAAUACUAUUACUGGUAAAUUAAACUAUUACACCUACCUAUACGUUCCUAACAUGUUUUAAUAUUGCGAUAUUUUGUUUUCCGGUUGUAAUUAAUGUCGACGACAGUAAUUAUUACAUUGUCUUACACGGCACUUACAAUGUCACAAUACCUGUUGGGUGAGCUAUUGCGCUUCGCACUGCACAGUUUUACAGGCCGCACACCGAAAACGAAAAUACCAUAACCGGUGCAUUCAUUAGGUACGCAUUAAUUAUUAGCAUUGUUAUUGUUGUUAUUAUUUCCAUAAACAAAACUAUUCUUCGUCCCGACAAAAUGACAAAAACCCAUAUUUCACACAAUGAUGUUCAAAAAUUGUUUUCAAAUUAAACAAUACUGUUUUUAUUAAAAAUAUCUUGGAUGAAAACUGGCGAAUUCUUUAUGCUGUAUCGCAACGUUCAGUUCCAUUACAUAUUAUAUCCAAUAAAAACGUUCGUACCUUAAAAGCUCUUUGCCCACAUGGUUAUCUCGACGAAAUUUCGACUUAAUUCAAAAUUUGGUAUUUAUACUCCAUAUUAUAGUUUUAUUUCUAUUACACAUGUGCCGUAAAUCCAUAAUAUAAUAUCGUGUUAUUCAUUGUGUAUUUUAUGAAAUGUAUUAUUGUCAUUUUUACAGUUGACUUUAGAUAUUUUAAAUUAUUAUUUAUUGAACAAAUGUAAUACUAUUGACAAUGUGAAUUAACUAUUCAUAAUAUAGGUAUUCAUAUACUUGAAAUAAAUCGUUAUUUUGUUUAAAAAAAAAAAAUUUAAUUACACCUACUGUCUGCUUGAAUUUGAACACGUAUGUAAAAUUGGAAAUUUAAAAUCUAUAAUUUCUAUAAUUAAAUUAUUGUGAUAAAAUAAAAAAAUAACGUGUAUUUCUUUUCCAGUAAUGUACAACUUUUCUAUUAGAAAUCUUACACCAACAACGAAAGAAUAUUUUGUGGAAUUUCAAAUCUAAGAAAAUUAUUAGUUUUAUCUUUAUUUUUUUUAAUUUUAUGUGUAGUUUUCGUAAAAAUUGAAAAAAACAUUGGGAAAACGGUAAAUUUUACAGCUAUAGCGGUUUCAUUACUUUCGAUUUUGAUUUUCUGUUGUAAUUCGAUUAAAAAUAACUAUGAAAACCUGAAAUGUACCCAGCAAAUUUGUAUUAGUCCUUUCUAAACGUAAUAAAACUUUCUGGGAAUUUUCGAAAUAUUUACAAGUAUUUUACUUUUUCGAGGGUUUUUAAUUUUAAUAUGGUUUUAUAUGGAUUCAGUUUUUUUUUGCUGAAUAGUAAUGCACAUAAAAUUCAUCAUAAUUUGUACAGUGGUAAAUUCAAAAUUUUAACUUAAUAUAAUAAAUUAUUUAUGUUCAAUUUUUGAUGAAAAUCGUAAAAAUAACAUUAAUUACACUGUAGUAACCUUAUUUUUUUAUAAUGACCAUUUACCAAAGAAAAUUAAACUUGUAAUAAAUACAAUGCUAAAUCAAUUGACUUCCUGAUCUUUUGUUUAUAGUCUUGAUAAUAAUACCGACUUACCUAUCUGCAAACAUAAAAGUCGGUCAAAUAUGUUUUCAAAUUUCACAAUAGAUAAUAAAAUGUAUUUCGUAAUAAAUACCAUUUCAUUUUUUUUAAUUCUUCAAAUUAAAAAUGAAAUAUUUAGCACUUUAUAUGUAAACAGACGUUUGGAUAUUUGAAUCAUACCUCACAUAUAAAUUGCUGCUAAAUAUAAAACAGUAGUGAUUUCACUCCAAAAAAUAAGGGUGACAAAAAAAAAAAAACGGUAAUUUUAGUAUAACAUUUUAGAGCCACUUGGUUCAUAAAUUGUCGAUAAAAAUUCCGAAAAAUGUAUAAUUCCCAAGAUAAUAAAUGUCUUAUUAAGGAAUGAUCACGCAUGUGUUAUUUUAUUAUAUCUAUAAUAUACUACACUCUUUUACAUUCGUGUUCAAUUCCCAAUUACACUACUGUAAUAUAAAAAUAAUAAUAUUUCAAAUUUAGUGUACAAUAUAAGUAUUAUUAGUUUUUGUUAAUUUUGAAUAAAGAAUAAUAUUGACAGCUAUAUCAAUACUUAAUUACUUUUAUAGUUGAGAAACACUAAAACACAUUAAUAUUAUUAUUAAGCAGUAUGUUCAUCAAUAUUGAAAUAUAUUUUUAAUUUUUAAGAAAUAUUAUUCUUGAUCAUAGUUACAUUCGGUUUUUUCAACAUUCCGAAAAUAUUUAAGACACUCUGUAUUCACUAAAACUUCUAAGAAUAAGUACUAGUCGACUAGUAUCUUUCUCGUUGGACUAGAAUUUGAUUUUACUUUCAUGAAAGUAUCACACGGUAAUGCUAUUUGACUGACAUUAACAUUAUAAUAGUACGAGAUUUUUAUAUUACGACAUCAUAUAGUAACGAUUCAAGACUAAUAUUAUUAUAUUCUCACAUUGUCAUACUAUUUAAAAAAUGAUCACAUAAUAUCUUCAUGAUAUACUUAACGUUUUCUUUAACUUUCAAUGCCCCGUGUCCCCGUUAAAUAAUUAAUUUCAAGUCAAAUAUUCUUUAAAUUAGCGCGUACUACUGUACCUAGAACAUUUUCUAUUUUCAAAUACCUCGUCAAACUAUGUAGUCUCUCGGCAAAGCAACAAAAUAUAAUAUAUUUGCAUUUGUGUCAGUUUUUAUAAUUUCUUUCGAUUUAACCACUGUUACUGAUAUUUUAGCUGUCUUUGGCUUUAAAUUUUAUAAAUAGUCACUUUUUUAACGUUUUUUCCUGAUAAAUGUAAUGUGAAACACCAUUUUUUUUUCAUUUAAUGCCUUUCUGAUUUACUUUAAUUUAAUACCUUCUAUUUUAUAUUUUUAUUAUUUAUACAACAAAAAUGAAAAAAAAAAAUAAUUAAAAAAUAGCUGAUACUGUUGAUGAACAUGACACUAAUGUGAGUGGAAAGUUAGGAAGAUAGGAUAUAUAGUGUUAUUUAAUUAAUGUCUGUACGCGACGGUAAAUCAUCGCUAACGAAUUACGAUUCUGAGCAAAGUUCGGUUGUACAUGUUUUGAAAUGCCGUACUUUUAAUGAUUUUCGUCAAAAUUUGAACUUAAUGGCUUAUAAAAAAAAAAAAACUACAGCACUUAAUUUGUUUGACCACUAAGUAAACCUAAUCUCAAGUAAAAUUGGCUACCAUUUAUGCUCAACUAAAAGAAUUUCAUAUAACUAAAUAAAACUAAAAACUCAAAAGUGUAAAAUGUCUAAAAAUUAAACCAAGUUAUUUUGAAUUUGUGUGAUUCACAGUUUAGAAUAAAUAAAAAGUUCAAACAUUAUUUAUAAGUUAGUAACAAAUUUGAAAUUUCUCGUACCUAUAUAAAAAUAAAUAGAGCUUAUACCAGAGACGGGUGUGCCACUGUUGUUGGUGAGAAAGUGGAAAGGUAGAAUACAUAGCUAUUCAAUUCAUAUCUGUAUCCAUGUCAUAGUUACGCAAACAAUUUAAUCCACAUAAAACCAAAUAAAAACUAAAAACACAAAAAUUUAAAAUGCCUAUAAAUAGCUUAAAAAUUGUUAGAAAAAUUUGAAAAUGUUACCGCGUCUAUAAAAGGUUACCAUAUUUUAUAAGUAUAAAUAUCAGGUCUUUACGAUUAUUUUUAACAGAAUUAAGAUAAAAAACGAAAUUAAAAAACCAUGAAUCCGUUAAAGUCGUUGACUUUCCCGUUUGUUUUACGUUUUUUUCCUGGUUUUCACAAUUAUUUAGAAAACUGUGAGGAAAAUCAAAAAAUAACUUCCUUAAUGCAACAACUAUUGAAACGAGAUUUCUGGUAAAAAAAAAGUUUUUUACCGUCACAAAAAAUUUAAAAUAUUAAAAAACACGUCAUAGUGCAACCAACACAUUCCUCGCUGUGUUCAGAAUCUGAAAAACCGAACCUAAAUUGAUUUAAAUCAACGUCUGAAAAGAUUUAAUAUUUUGAAUUUAUUAUAUAGUGAAUAAUGGUUUUUUUUUUCUCAAAUUGUAUUUCUCAAAGAAUUAAUAAAUAAACGUUAAAUCAGUGGUUGCUGUUCCAAACGUACUUUUAGUAUUGCGAUUUGAUCAUAUUGCAUUAGAUUGAAAGACAAACUCGAGAUUUAUAAUAAUAUCUAUGUCGAAAACUUAAUGUGGGUAAUAAUAAUUUAUGAUAAUAUGAUUAUUAUGUGGUAUUACGUGCAUAUUUCGAUUUCAAUACCAAAAUCUACGAAACAUUAUUAUAUAUAUUAUAAUAUACGCUGACCUGAAUCGAAAAUUAAUGUCUCAUUAUAUUUUUUUUUUUUUUUUUGGACAACUGGGAAAAUUGGAAUAUGGGUUCGUUCUGAAAAAAUAUCUCAUAGUGUAAAUUUAUGUACUCAGGAUAUUGCGCCGGAGCUGAACUCCGUUACCUUUAUACGUUUUUAUAAUUUUCAUAGUUCGAUUUUAGAUUUUGAGCAAAGCAAACAACGCAACUGGUUUUGACGUUGUGUUUUUUUUUUUUAUUUGCAAACAACUUUUUUUUACCAGAAAUUAACGACAAGUAACAUUUUAUAUCGCUGUUUAGAUCUAGUUCGUAAAUAAGGAAGCUGUGUUUUAGUUUUCAAACCAGUAUUUUAUAAUAAUUGGGGAUAACUGGAAAAAGACGUAAAAUAAAUACUGACAAAUGACAACGGCAUUGAUAAUUUUAUGAUUUUUAAUAUUUUCUAAUUUUCUUAUCUGCCAGAAAUAUUAUUCUAAAUUUCAAAAGGAACACCUUUUCUGAACGAAAAUGUUGUCUAAUUAUUGAGUGAAAAGGUCGUAAUUUUGAUUUUCGAUAUAGUUUUAUUAAUAACUAAACAAAAUCGGGAAAAAACGAUUUCAUUAUCUUCAAAUUUGUUUUUUGAUCUAUGAAAAAUAUUCAUAAUUUUCUCAAAAUACUUAAUAAUUGACUUUUUUAAACGUGGGUAAAUUUUUAAAACGUUCUGAUGAUUUUUGAGCUGUUUGUAGGCCUUUGACGUUUUCGAGUUUUUUUUUAAAAAUUUUCAUUUGAUACGUAUGGAUAAAAUUAUUCGAUCAAACAACGAAAUACUUGAACAUUUAACACGAGAUUCAUUAUAAGCUGUACUCAGUGUUAAAAAUAAAAAUUGGGCGUAAUUUGGUAGUUUUUUUUAUUUAUAAGCGUUCUUAGAUCAAAUUUUUACGAAAAUUGUAAAAUUUACGGCAUUUCAAAACACGACGAACAUAACCGAACGUCGUUCAGAAUCGUGUUUCGUUAACAAUAGUUUACCGUUACACACAGAUAAAACUGACAUAACUUUACAUGUAUCCUAUCUUCCGGACAUUUUUCUUUCGGCUUUUCACGCUGUUCGUGAUACUCGCGUGGGAUCACGGUCGUCGUCGAAUUUGUUCGCUCUGGCCGUGUUUCAGUGACGACACACGCCAUAUUGUAAACACUUCUUAAUAGAUAAUAGUUUUUAAAAAGCAAUUUGUUGAGUAGGUAAUUGUGUAAUACAAAACACGCAUAUCUCACACACUCGGACGCAACUCGCGUGGCGAGCGUAAAGUUUGUUAGGUAUUUAUUUAUCGCGGUGUAAGACGUGUGCCGCGGACUGCCGAACGGUCGCGGACGGGGAAAGACGCAAAUCAACUAAUGGUUUUUUUUUUUAUUUUUUUUUUUUUUUUUUAUUAAUAUAGUAAUGAUUUACGACUUCGUCGAUUGUGUAACAAGUCUCGUCUAGGAAUGGAUUAAAAAAAACACAGAUCUUAUUAUACCGCGCGACUUUCACCGUUCGUCGAAGCGUUUUAAAAAAAAUACAUAUAUACCUAACCCAACCGAGUGAACGGGAACUGCUAUACAAAACUACAUGCAAACUAUAAGUAUAUGUUUUGCAUUAGCGUGCAUAUUACGUGCGCCGGCUGUGUGCCACAGCCCCCGUCUGAUACGUCGGGUCCGCGUUGCGUUUAUUCAUUAUUUUUACUGCGUCUCAACGGCAUUGCACUCCUACGGUCCUAUCCGAUCAACGUGAAUUGCGGACUUCUACCGGCGGAGCGCACUGCAGCCGCGCCGUCUCGAUCCUUUAAUAAUACAAUUUUACCCGUGACCGUAUAAAUUAUAAUUGGGACACAACUACAUGCGAAAUACGAACGCGCGAUAUCAUUAUUGUUAUUAACAACUCUAAAUUUUUUUUAUUCUAAACGGCAAACCCCUUACCGCGGUAUUCGCGCAACCGUAUUAUUUUACCGGGGCUCCAUGACUUGUAGCUCUGAAAAAAAAAAAAAAAUUGUUAUACGCGCAUAAUAUGCUCUUAAAAACAUGCGUAUACGCGCUUGAAUAUCCUCUAAAAAUGUUAUAGUUUGCGAAAAACAACGAUAAUAACGAUGCAGCCGGAAUACCUAGGAAAACGAUAAAAAUAUAACGCCAAUGUACGUGACGCAAUUAUGUAGGCGUUUCCUUACCGAUAUCAUUCCAAUCUUACUGAGUUGUAGCGGACGUUAAAGGAAAAGAGUAAACACGGAUAGCGCUUUAAUGGCACUGAAAAAGCGGUCAACACACGAAAAAAAAAUAAAAUAUCACAAAUAUGCAAUAUAAACGUUGGCAUAUAGCUUCGCGGUUUCCUGAAACAAACGAAUAGCUCGCAUGCGUAUCUCCAGGAACACACAAAAAAAAUGUGAAAAUGCUACAAGUUAUGAGCCCUGAUUAUUACCGCAUUAUGAUGGAGUAACCGCAUCUGCGCGUAUCAUAGCAAUUAAAAGGAAGUGAUGCCCUACACGUGUACUGUCUCCGUAUAACGUACGGCACUUUGCGUUUCAACUAGGCUUACGCUGUGCUGUUAAUUUUAAUAUUAUAAUGAAUUGACCUAUUGUCAAACUUGAAAAUAAGAACGCUAUCUGUGCAACUUUCGCGCAUCUGCUUUAGUAACCGGUCUGCUAGUGGCCGCUAGUAUAUUCUGAUUUGAGACAGAGUAUAUAUCAUAUAAUAUGUUUUUUUGUAGGAAUGGGCCGGUUUCUUUGAUUUGUUUCUUUUAGUAAGUAUCGGUUUUUAUGGCGGGACGCAUUGUUACUGUGGCAAGACUGAUAACUGAUAAUCAGUAGAAUUUUCGUAUAAAUUGUAUUACGCGUCUAUAAAGUUAUUAUUUCCACACUACAAAAAUAAUAACCUGUAUCGAAAACCGAAAGAAUAAUUUUUGGAACCGGACAUGAACUGCGACCGAGUUUUUCAAGAACCGUUCCACUAUUCGCCUUUUUGGUUUUGAAAAUAAUGUUGGUAGCUAGUAAUUUAACUUUUCGAUUUUUUCGAUUCCGAUUGAAAUACCUUUCGGAUUUAAGUCAGUUAAAAUUGACCCUGGCACCAAAGACUGUGUAUCUACAGUCUAUAUCUAACAGGAUGUUAACGCGUUCUUCAAUACUCAAACGGUUAAUCAAGACAGACAAUAUAAAAUAUUAUUGUUUUGCUAUACGCUAUGACAUUUUAGAAAUUUAUAAUUGCACAGUGUGUUGUUUAAACAAUAUUAUUGAGUCAAUUGCGAGGCAUUGAUUAUGCCUAUGCUAAAAAAAUCGUUUUUAACAAAGUAAAACGUACACUCGUACCGACAAUUUUAAUAGACUACGGUAAGUUGUUGUCUAUAAUAGUAGGUACCUAUCGACCAGCGGGUAUACAUCACAUAACACAAUAAUAUAUUAGUAUAUUAUUAUAUUUCUCCGUGGGGCAUCCGACCACGGUAUAUACCUAUUAUAUUUUUUCGCCAACUGUUUAUGUGUCGGAUGUUGUCAUGUAAUCCGAUCGGUGAAACGAAUGUUUUUCAUUGACUAAAAAAAUUGCAUUGUGUAUACCUACGAGUAUUAUUAACACGCCGUACCUGUCUGCGUAUUGCAAAAGACACGAACGUCACUUUUGCAUCGUUAAGUUUCAAAAUAUAAUUAAAACGAAACAAAAGUCAUAAUGCGCAUUCAUCAACUCAUUUGACUUGUAUAGUUAAUGCUAGUAUAAUACAUCUCGCGUAUGCCAGUGUAAAUAUAAUAUAAUAUUUGUAUUGUGUUUAGGUAAUGCAUGUCCUCCUAAUAAAGUCCUAAUGCGUCAGAUCUUUAUCAAUACAUACUAUUUAUCGAAUAUCGGGUCUAAUUUAUUUUAACUACACGAUUCGUUAAAUCCCAUGGUCGCCCGUACGUAUAAUAUCGGAACGGUUUAAACGUUCCGUUCGGUUUCCUAAUUUUUAUUACUGUUAAUUAUAACCAACCUAAUGUUCUAACAGCUUCUAAAUACUAUAAAACUUCCAUAUAACGGUCAUUGAAGGGAAUAAUGAUCGCUAUUUAAAGGUGACCGUCCAUUAUAGGUGUCUUAUAAAAACAUAACACUUGACGGGACCGAAAAAAAAUUACCGUUACAUAGAGGUGACCGUAAGCGGAAGUUUUACCGUAUUUGGUUUUAUGAAUUUAGAAAUAUAAAGCGCGGUAAACAAAGUUAAUUUUUUUUUUCCAAUUCUAUACUAACAAUAUAAUUAUUGUUUCAGUUGAGAAGAAAUGUUGCAGACAUGCAAUUGGAAGAAAAAUACGACGACUGCUUUUUACUCAGAUGGCUCGGGGGUAAGAUUUUAAUUGAAUUAAUUUCAAUUAGUUUCACAACACAACCUUGCACAUCUUUUUGAUAUAUCACAUAUAUUUUCUAUAAACUACGCACAUAUUGUGUAUAUAUUAAAAACAUCAAUUAUUAUCUACCAAAAAUUAUAAUAGAUAUUGUAGACUAUUUAUUUUACAAUAAAUAUUUUUCCAAAAAUCAUAAAAAAAAAGCAAUCGUAUAAUUGUAUCAAUCGUAUACAAUUUUAAAAUGUAUUAGAAAAUACCUAACUAAGUAGGUAUUAAAUAACUGACUGUAGUUUUACUAUCGUUAUAACUCAUGAGUUAAGAUUUGUCUGCUUUAAAUUCAAUCAUUACCCAUUUCAUAAAAUAUUAUUUGAUUUUUGUAUUUUACAGCUCGAAAUUUCGAUACAAAAGAAGCCGAAGAUAUGCUAAGAACGGUACGGUUUGGUUAUAUUUGUUUAACAAAUAAUAUUGUAUUAUUUUAGACGUUUAUAAUAAGAAUACCUAUAGUAUCUAAAUAAUUUUGAAAUAUUUUUUAAUAUAACCAAAGGUGUGUUUUUCAAUAUUUACUGACACUGUACUGAUUCAAUCCGGUGAACUAAAACACUUGAUUCGUACGUACUAUUAGAUCGCCAAAGUUAAAUUUUGUCAUACAUUAUAAAUUAAUAUAAAAAAAAAAUAAAUGCGAUUAUGAGUAUUAUUGUGACUGUUUGUAAAAUGUAGUCGAUGAAAUGGCGAGAAGAGUGGUCGAUUAACAAGGACGACGGUUGGAAACCGCCCCAAUUAUUGGUGGACCACAUACCGUGUGGAAUUUGUGGUUACGACAAAGAAGGAUCGCCGGUGGUCGUAAUUCCGGUCGCCGGUUUCGACGUGUGUGGCCUGAUCAAGUCGGUCUCUCCAAAAGAUAUUGUCCGAUAUUUGGCGCAAAAGGUCGACUCGUAUCUGGAAGUCGCCAGACAAUCUUCGCUAAAGCACGGCCCGAAAGCGUCGCAAAUAAACUGCAUCGCUGACCUGACUGACUUUAAUCUUAGACAAUUCACGUGGAGACCAGGUAAUAUAGACCAAGGCCCAGGAAAAAAUGGCUUACGUCGAUUUUUUAUGAUUUUCAGUAUAAGAAAAUUUAAUUUUUAAAAUGUAUUCACUUGUAAAUAAACUAAUACACUGAUAUUAUACUACAUAAACUAAUUUAAAAAAUAUAUAUACUUAUGCAAUUUAGACAAAAAAAUAAAGAGAAAAAACAAACGGACAUAUUUCGCACAAUGGGUGGGCCACUGUUGUAGGUGGGAUGUUGAGAAGGUUGAAGGGAAAUUUAAUGUAAAUCUGUACGAAAAGAAUAAUCAUUGCUAACGGAAAAAAAUUAUGAAAAAAUUUCGAUGUUUUGAAAGGCCGUGAUAUUUAUGAUUUGAAAAUAAUACAUUUCGUAAAUUUCCCUGUUUUUUCACAUUUUUUCCCGUGUUUUUCCACUUAUUAGGAAAACCCCUGAUAAAAUAAAAAAAAGGAUUUCCUUAAAGUACUACCCAUGUCAGAUUUUCAUUUUAGAAAAAGUGCUACACUUAAAAAUUUGAGUAAAAUUUCUGGUAGAAAAGUUUUUCACAGAAGAAGAAUAAACUUCAUUGUAAACCAAUACAUUCCUCGCUCCACUCAGAACCUAAAAUUUGUCUUCUUCUCUGGGACCAAUGAUAUAAUAUAUCUAUUAUCCACUAUAUAUUGUCUAUAUAUAUAUAUCUAAUUUGAAAUUUCCUACUAUAUUAUAGUAGGAAAUUUAAUUUUUACAAGAAAUAUACUGCAUUUUAUUUUUUUUUUUUUAUUUCAAAUUUUCCUAAAUACUUUGUAGUAAUAUUAAUUCCAUAUUUUAAAUUCAAAAUACAUAUUAUACAUUAGUAUUUAAUAGUUCACCUCCUUAAAGUGCCUCCCCACACUGAUUUUCUAUCAGAAAAGUUGUUACUCGUAAAAAUCAGAGCAAGUCCUCUGGUGGAAAGUUGUCCACAGAAAAAAAAAAUAAACUUCUUUGUAAAAUCAUAAACUUCUUCACUCCAUUCAGAAUUUAAAAAUAAAUGUUCUUAUUUUUUUUUUUUUUUUUAUCUUUAUGGAGUUGAAUUUUGAAUAAAUUCUUUCAUAGCUAUUUCCUUUCGAGACCCUCUAUCCUAUAUUUGACCCUAUACUACAAACCCUCCCCAUAUCUCAAAGAAUACGUCUGAAAAAUUUGUUGUAAUUAUUUCGGUAGUUUUUGAGUCUACAGAUCACAAACAAACGUUCAUACAAUAGGUUUUUCAUUUUUUUUUUUUUUUUUUGGGAUUCUUAGGGUAACAAGGGAUCUAUUGGUUUACUGUGAUGAGUUUUUUUUUGUGUGUAUGUGAGUAAAAACUAGAAAUCUUGCUCCAAUCAAAAAAUUAUAAGAUACUUUUUUUGUUGUAUUUUGGAUCUAGUUAGUGAUUGAGAAAGUUGUUUCUCGUUAAGUUUAGUGUCGCACCCGUCAGGAGCACUAGCUUUUUGUUUUUAUACAAAUAUUAGGUAUCUUACAUUCAAUUUCAAUUUAACAGACAUAAUAAUUAAUUAAAAUUAACAUAUUGAUCCGUUUCACUAAAAAAACAUCUUAACAUUUAUUCUAACAUAGAUAUUAAACAAUAUUAAAUUUUUUUUUUACAUUUAAUUGUAAAUUUAUCAAGCAUUUUUUAAAUAUAAUUUUGUUAUUAAUAAUAAUGUAUUGUUUUGAUGUACAGCUGCCGAGCUGGUAAUUAAUUUGUUGCAAAUGUACGAGGCCAAUUAUCCAGAAAUAUUGAAAUCGUGUUUCGCGAUUAACGGUAUAUAAAAUACAUUUAAUACUAUAAAAUAAAACUACUAAAUGGUACACAGUGGCGCCAUUUGAGUAUUUUAAUAGGGGUGCCAAAAUUUAAGCAAGCCAAUUUGUUUUCAUCAUUGGGCCACUUAUUUCUAAUAAUAAUAAAUGUAUACACUUUUUGUUCUACACUUUUUGUACACUAUACAAUUAUCCAUGGCGAGGCGGGAAGAUAUGCAAUGCAACACAGGACCACCUAUAUNAAUUAUACAUAAUCUGUACAUCAAUGAAACCGCAGUUAUAAAAGCCGAAAAAGAUAACAACCAGGUGGAGGCUAAAAUUGCCAAGGGAGUAAGACAAGUGUGCAUUCUAUCAUCUACCUUAUUUAAUCUAUACAUAGAAGAAGCCUUAAAAGAAUUAAGAAAAUAAAAAUUGGAGGAGUAAAGAUAUGAGGAAUACUUGUGCAAGUGAUGCGUUUUGCGGACGAUAUUGCUGUAAUCGGAGAAAGUGAAGAAGACAUAACUAACAUGCUCGAAAAAAUGAACGACACGCUUAAUGAACACUACAUGAAAAUAAACCAACCGAAAGCCAAGAUCCUUAUAUGUAGCAAACAGCAGAUUUAUGCAAAUAUAACUCUAGAUUGAAUAUUGCUGGAGACAGUUCAAAGUUUCACAUACCCGGGGAGAUAAAUUACAAGCGAUGGGAAAAGCUAUACAGAUAUAGUAUGUAGAAUAGCGCAGGCUAAACAGGCCUAUUAUAAAAAGAGAAAUCUUUUUACUUCAAUCAGAAUAAGUCUGGACACCAGGAAAGCACUUAUAAAAAGCUUUGUGUGGAGCGUAGCUCUAUAUGGAGUAGAGACAUGGACAAUAAUGAAGGCUGGAAAAGCCAAAAUAGAAGCCUUUGAAGUAUGGUGUUGGAGAAGAUUGCUAAAAAUUUCAUGGACGGAAAAGAUAAAAAAUGAUGAGGUUUUCAGGAGAAUGAAUACCCAAAAAUCAAUAUGGAAUACGCUAAUAUUGAGGAGGAAAACAUGGAUCGGACACGUAAUAAGGAAUAGUCCUUGGAUAACCACAAUAAUAGAGGGAAAAAUCGAAGGAAAACCUGGAAGAGGAAGGCCCAGAACUCCUUUUCUGGAGCAGGUGAUGGAAGAUUCCGGAAUAGGAACAUACUGAGAGAUGAAAAGGUUUAUAAGUGACAGAAAUAAAUGGAGAGAAACACCAUUAAUCAUUUAACCAAUCUUCGGAUUGAUAGAAAAAAAAAUAUACUUAAAUACGUAUUGGCAUAGUAGUUUUGGUGAUUCUGUGAAAAUAUUUUUUAAGAAAACUUACUUAUAUUUAUUGAAAAAAUGCAUCAAAACUUUCAUCCUUAUAUUUACUACUUAAAUUUAGAGCAACAAACUUCAAACAGAAUACUGAGGUAAUUAAUUAUUUCCAUAUUCUCGUAAUAGAAUAUUAAAUAUAAUAGGUAAACACAAAUUACAAAAAUCUCGCGCGAAUGGUAGCUGUCGGUUAAUCAAUAACAAACAUAAUAUGGAUAUUAAUAUAUUUAAUAUAUGAUGUAUGUCACGAUGAUGACCGUAUAUUAAACACACAGAGAACGAUUUAUUCACACAUUCAUCGACAAAAACCGUACCAUGUUCGUGUUAUAUGUCUUACGCACUAAUAGCCUGCCUAUCCAUAAGCCAUAAAACUCCCUUUACAUAAUACAAUUUACUCGAUAACCGUUUUUUCUAACUUUUUCUAUUCUUAUUUUUUUUAUUCCUCAUUUAACUGCUCUCGUGGAGCGAGUGGAACGAAGAAUCUUGUGGCUUUACAAAGAUGUUCAUUUAUUAAUUUUUUUCUCUGUGCGCAACUUUUCUACCAAAAGACUUGAUCUGAUGUUUACGUGUAGANUUAUAAAAAGCUUUGUGUGGAGUGUAGCUCUAUAUGGAACAGAGACUUGGACAAUAAUGAAGGCUGAAAAAGCUAAAAUAGAAGCCUUUGAAGUAUGGUGUUGGAGAAGAGUGCUAAAAAUUGCAUGGACGGAAAAGAUAAAAAAAUGGUGAGGUUUUCAGGAGAAUGAAUACCCAAAAAUCAAUGCGUUAAGACUGAGGAGGAAAGCAUGGAUCAAACACGUAAUAAGGAAUAGUCCUUGAAUAACCACAAUAAUAGAGGGAAAAAUCGAAGGAAAACCUGGAAUAGGAAGGCCCAGAACUCCAUUUCUGAAGCAGGUGAUGGAAGAUACCGGAAUAGGAACAUACUGGGAGGUGAAGAGGAUUAUAAGUGACAGAGAUAAGUGGAGAGAAACACCAUUAAUCAUUUAACCAAUCUUCGGAUUGAUAAAAAAAAAAAAAAUAUUUUUUGUGUAAGCUGCGUAUAUGGGGUGGAACUAGAGCUGUACAAUUUCAUAAAAAAAAUUUUAGUUGAAAAUUGUUAAAAAAAAUUUUUUUUAUAUAAGAGUUUUAUAAUUAUUUAUUUUUUAAAAUUAUAAGCCAUUUGUUAACUAUACAUUUAUUCACAAAAUACUUACCGACUUACUUAUAAAAUAAAAAUACUAACUGUUCAAUAUAUUUAUUGCUCAAAAAAGUUUAAAAAUAUAUUUUCUGGUAAUCAGUCGACGGAAGUAGUUAAUAUUAUUACUGUUGAUAGUCAACUUGAUAUCAAAAGAAAAUUAUAACGAGCAUACGCCAAUACAUACCUAUACACUAUAUUUUAUUGUACUUACCAACGAAAAAAAGCAUUAUCUGGCAAAUUGGAAAUAGCUUUGGUCAUCCUUAUCAAUAAUACAUAUCUACAAAUAAUAAAUAAUAAUAUGCUUUACCUAGUUUACCUCCAUACAAAUGAUUAAUACACAUUUGUAUUUUAUGCGCAUAUUACACAUACAUAUAUGCAUAAGUAUUCAUAACAAAUAAUAUAUUUUAAUUUUUAUGCAUAGGCCAUCGCCCAUCGAUGCAAUUGUAAAUUUUAAGUCAGAUCAAUUAGAGACAGACAAAAAUAGGAAUGCGAAGGUACACCCUGCACCCCCUCCCCAAAUGGCGCCACUGGUGGUACAUAGUAUAAAAUAUAUUUUGUACAUUGUGACAUACGAUGAAUUUUACCUAUCUGCUGUUAAAACAAACGGGUUUCAGCUCCAAAAGUGUUCGCAUUCGCGUUCAACAUCCUGAAAAACAUUCUUACGGGUAAUACGUUGAGCAAGUUUGUCAUAUACAAGGCAGACCCGAACAAGUGGAAACCCGCUCUGGCCAGUUUUAUCGACGGAGAUCAAUAUCCAGCGUUUUUGGGAGGAAAUCUCAGGGAUCCCGACGGAGACCCUAGAUACACCACUAAGGUAAGUCGUCCACGAAAUAAGAGCAUGAAAAAUUAUUUCUAAAAGAGAAAAUGUAUUUGUAAAAUUCGUAGAUAGUUCAAGGAGGAAAAGUGCCGAAGGAAAUGUACAAGAAAACCGAUAAAUUAUCACUCUCGGAAGACAUGACGCUCGUAAACAUAAAGAAAGGAGACAAGCUACAAUUGAAAUAUACGGUUACCAUACCGCAUAGUUUCAUAAGGUAAUAAAUAAUGUUAUAAAACCAGAGAGCAGAUUUUUAUGUGGUUAUGAUUAUCAUAGUUUUUUACUGAGGUUGGCUUUCCCCGCGAUUAAUUUUACAAAAUAUCUUAAGGUUAAAGAAUAUUUCGAAUAAUAAUUUGAUGAUAUGUUUUAAGAAUAUUUUGAGAUUUUUAGAAAAUUGUACAACUCACUUUUUGUUAUUGUUCAGGAAAGCAGUUUAAAGAUUUCAAUGUUUUUCUCGAGUAUUAUAUGGCUCUUCUUCCGUCUGACAACAUCUUAUAAAAAAAAAAAAAACAAACAUUUUGAACCAUACCUACACAAUAAAUAAAAGUAUAGACAAUCUUAAGUCCGUUUUCAUUUUGAUAUAAAUGGAAGGGAAAAAAAUGUCGAUUUAUAAAUAGUAAAUAAAAUAAUAUUUCCAUAUCAUCGAAAAAGUAAUAUUAUUCUGCAUUUAGUAUGGAGACCAACAAUUAAAUGACCGCAAUUGGGUAGUAACACUUUUAUUGGGUGACCGUAACUAGUAGGUAACGUUGUUUUUUAGUUGACCACAACUAGUAUGUAUUUUUUUUUUUAUUCUGACCGCAACUAUAGUAAACAUCGAAAUUCGGUUUGUGUAUUUUUUAAUAAAAAUAAUAAAUUAUUAUUUUUAUUUAUUGUUAUUAUUAUUAUUUAUUACAUAUUUAUUAUAUUUGAUUUACAAAUAAAUCAAAAUACUAUAAUAUUAAGAAUAGUUUUAAAAAAAAAAAGUACUAGAAAGUUCAACUAAACUAAAUUAUACUCUUUUGGGUAUUCGUAACUAAUAAAUUCAUUAAAAUUAAAGCUAACCAAAUUGAUUUUUCUCAGGUAUGAUACUCAAGCCAAAUAUACCAAAUAAUUCCACUGGAAAGUCUUUCGUUGAUUAUUUAGAUCCAAACUAUUUUGAUCAAAUGCCAAUAUUGAAUAUAAGAUAAAUACUAAUUUGGAGUUACAAAUAUUAAAAAAAUAGUUUAUAAGUAGCUAUUCACAGAAUUACUCAUCUCACAAUAAAAAUCUCCAUUUAAUUGAAUUUAAUUCCCGUUAUUUUAUUUAAUGUUGUUGAAUGUUUGUUAUAAAACUAGAAUAAUAACUUUCUACUCCAAGACCUCUCCAGACCUUGACUAUGGGGAGGGGGGUGAAAAAAUUUAAUUUAAUAUUAAUUAUUAAUAAGAAAAAAAGACGGACAGACGGACAUACUUCACACGAUGGGUGAACCGCUGUUACAAAUAAAAAGUUAGGAAGGUAGGAUAUUGAAGAAAAUCUAAUGUAUAUCUGUACCUAAGCAAAUUUAAACAUUGCCAGCAAAAAACGAUUCUAAACGAAGCUCGGUUAAUAGUAUUGCUCAGGGGCGUCUUCGGGUUUAUUCUAUGAGGUGGAGAGUGAACAAUUAUUACUCUUGAAUACCACCGCUUUGGUCAACAAAAACUUCUAAUCUUCAUGUCUGAUAUAAUUUCAACUUAUAUACGCUUAGAAGACCGCAGAUAUAUUGUACAAAUGUAUCACUCCCUCCUUCACAGGUACACGCCUGCUCCAACGCUAGCUUAGGAUUAUAGGUAUAGAAUAUGUGUAUCUAUUUAUAAACUUAUGUGAUUUAUAAAAAUAAAAAAUAAAAAUUAUUUUGCAUACUUGGAUUUGUCAUUUUUUUUUUUUUUUUUUUUUUUAUCUUAAGACAUUUUGAGGUUUAACUAGGCACUAUAUUCCAGCUCUAAGCAUAAAUGUUUUGAUGAAAUGAUAUUAUAAAAACAUCUUAUUCUUAGUAUUUUAAAUGUACGAUAAUCUAGUGUCCGGUUGUAAAAUUACCAAUUCGACCAAUCCAAAUAGUGAAACAGUAAUAAUAUACUUCGAUAACUUCAAAAUACAAAAUAACAUAAUAUCAAUAAAUGCUAUAGGUGGCAAUUCAAAACCGAAUGCCAUGACAUAAAAUUCGGUAUAUUGGCGACUGACGCGGAAAAUAUACAAACCGUUUUGAUGCCGAUCAAAAAAGUGGCCUGUCACGAAUUCGAAGAAAUCGGUGUUAUCAAGUGCAAAUACCCCGGCGAAUGUAAUAAUAAUUAUAAAAAUAGUUAUCGAUUUAACACCCGAACGCAACAUUUAACAUUUGUGAAUAACAUAUCAUUUUUUUUUUUUUUUCCAGACACGGUAGUGUUUGACAACAGUUACAGUUUCAUCCGUAGCAAGAAGCUCGCUUACAACGUACACGUCACGUUGCCCGUAAACGAAAAAACAAUCGACACGAUCGAUCAGAUAGUCAAUAUGGAAGAAUAGCAAUUAAUUAAACCCAAAUUAGAUAAAUACCUAAAUAAAUUAAAACUGUAUAACCGUUAAUUGAAACAGAACAUUAGAAAAAUAAUAAACUGUACAUAAUGUACCCGUACAUUAAGUGGAAAAAAUUGUAAUUCCCAAUACUUGAGAGGAUGUCAUACCGCUCGUAAUAACCACACGAACCGAACCAAAAGCCUGGAACCCAAAACCCAUUCAAACGUUGGAAACCGAUUGCGCGAACCGGGACCGCGAAUUAAACAGAUUUCAAUAACCCGAACCGGAAAUGGAACCGGAUAAAGCGACCAGCGGGUACCAGUACCGGUCGUGAUUUGACCGUAACACCGUGUUUUGCGCGGGACAACGAUUUUUCGCGUCGCAUUUGCUACAGUCUCCACUCAUCUACAUUUCAAAACACGCAAAUAAUAACGCUAUCGUAGCGCGUUUGUUAUUUUCUCAAUUCGAUUUAUCCGUUCGUAAGCUUUCGUAUUUUAAUUGGUUUUUUUUUUUAUUUCAAUUACUUAUAAAAAUAUAUUGGGUGGCUAGUGACGCUAUCGGAAAAAUAGGCAUGCCUAUAUACGACAUCAAUUAAGUUCUUCGCUGUGUAUGAACAAUAUUCCACGAUUACACAAUAAACGAUUGUGAUAAUAGCACGAAAUAACGUUUGGAUUUAUUUAUUAGCGAAUGUGAAUAUGAAAAUUUUGUCGAAAUUGUCUAUGCGCAACCCCUUGAAAUAUAUUGAGCGCGUGACAUCCUCUGAAACAUGAUAGCGUACAUUUUUUAAUGGACGUAAAAUAAUUAUUUUCUUUAACUAAUAUCACUUGAUAAUACAUUUAUAUUUCCUAUAGAUUACAUUUUUACCGGUUCACGCAUUAAUUUAAAAAUAUAUAUACAUACAAACAUUAUUAUGCAUUGUCAUGAAAAGAUAUAUAUAUUAUUUAUUUAAAUGUUUAUGAUUGUAACAAUAAUUUUGGAUAGAUACCUGCUUUAUGGAUCUUCACUAUAAGACAUUUCAACAACAUUGUAUAGAUACCUCGGUAUUAUUUAUUAUCUGUCAUCGUAUAUUAUAAUAAUGAACGGCUAAACUACCUGUAUAAUAAAACUAGAAUAAAUGGGCUAUUAUAAUAAUAUGUAUUAUGUAACCAAAUCCCAAAUGUACUCAA